GCGAGGUUGAGGAAAGAAAGGAGGGCGGUCAAAGUGUGACUGCAAACGCGGGCUUCUCGCUCAGCUUCACUCUUAUUGCGUCCAAGACCUUCGUGCAUUCUAAAGCCCGCUUCGGUGAUGCCAUGCCACGGAAACACAGCGGGGACGAAGGCGCCACCGGGCUCUGGAUGAGGACUUCGCCGGGCCACCGCGCCGAAGGCUACGGCAUGAAAGAUGUCGAGUCCGGACGGAAGAUGAUGAACAGCGCGGGAGACGGCUUGCUGUCGCCCACCAACGCCGUCGGUGCCGGUGCUGACGCUUCCGACAGCCACCGUGGGAAGCAGGGAGCCCGGCUCAGUUUGCUCGGCAAGCCGCUCAUAUACAGCGCGCAGAGCGGCCGCAGGAAUGUGCGCUACCGGCGGCUCCAAAACUACCUGUACAAUGUGCUGGAGAGACCGAGAGCCUGGGCCUUCAUCUACCAUGCCUUUGUGUUCAUCUUGGUCUUCAGUUGCCUGGUCCUCUCAGUUUUUUCUACCAUUCCAGCUCAUCAGGACUCCUCCUCUUACUGUCUGCUUAUUUUGGAAUUUGUCAUGAUUGUGGUGUUUGGGUUGGAGUACAUCAUCCGCAUCUGGUCGGCAGGAUGCUGCUGUCGCUACAGAGGAUGGCAGGGACGAAUCCGCUUCGCCAGAAAGCCUUUCUGCGUCAUUGACAUCAUAGUGCUGAUUGCAUCAGUUGCUGUGGUGUCAGCAGGUAGCCAGGGCAACAUCUUUGCCACUUCAGUCCUGCGUAGCCUUCGUUUCCUACAGAUCCUGCGCAUGGUGAGGAUGGACCGAAGAGGGGGUACAUGGAAGCUGCUAGGUUCUGUAGUUUACGCACACAGCAAGGAACUGGUUACUGCUUGGUACAUUGGUUUCUUGGUUCUCAUCUUCUCUUCAUUCCUUGUCUACCUUGUGGAGAAUAAGUUCAACAAGGAGUUUGCCACAUAUGCCGAUGCCUUGUGGUGGGGCACGAUCACUCUCACAACAAUUGGCUACGGGGACAAGACACCAAAGACAUGGACAGGAAGGAUGUUGUCUGCUGGUUUUGCACUGCUGGGCAUCUCUUUCUUUGCCUUACCCGCUGGUAUUUUGGGAUCAGGUUUUGCUCUGAAAGUCCAAGAGCAGCACAGACAGAAGCACUUUGAAAAGAGGAGAAACCCUGCAGCCUACCUCAUACAGUGUGUUUGGCGUAGUUAUGCGGCUGACGAACACUCGGUUUCCAUUGCUACCUGGAAGCCUCACUUGAAGGCGUUGCAUACCUGCAGCCCUACGAAAAGAGAACACGGAGAACCAACUACAAGCCAGAAACUCAGUUUCAAGGAACGAGUGAGGAUGGCUAGCCCAAGAGGUCAAAGCAUCAAGAACAGGCAGACAUCUUCAAUGAAUGACCGUCGUUCUCCAGUGGCAGAGGCUGGUACCGAAGGCACCAGCCCUGCCAAGGUUCAAAAAAGCUGGAGUUUCAAUGAUCGUACACGCUUCAGACCCUCACUGCGCCUUAAAAGCCAGUCGCGUUCCACCACUGAUGAUUCUAACAUGGCGGGAGAGGACGGUUUUGAUGAGAAAGGCUGCCACUGUGAGAUAUCAGUGGAUGAUUUGCUGCCUUCUGUCAAGUCUGCCAUUAGAGCAAUCAGAAUAAUGAAGUUCCAUGUCGCAAAAAAAAAGUUCAAGGAAACUCUGCGCCCUUAUGAUGUGAAGGAUGUGAUUGAACAGUACUCUGCAGGUCAUCUGGACAUGUUGUGUCGCAUCAAGAGUCUACAAACCAGGCUGGACAUGAUUGUAGGCCCACAGCCCCUGAGCAGCCGUGCCAAGACCUUUUCCUCCCCCUCUCUGCCUCUCUAUUACAACCAGGGCAGAAAGAACUCCACCCAAGGGGUGGACCAAAUCCUUGGCAAGGGUCAGAUCCCUCUGGACAAGAAGAUUCGUGAAAAGUUGUUGUCUGAUGGAGAUCUGCUGGAGGACAUGAGCAUGCUGGGGCGUGUUUGUAAAGUGGAGCGCCAGGUCCAGUCCAUUGAGUCGAAGCUCGAUUCAUUGCUCGACAUCUAUCGCCAGGUCCUGCGGAAGGGUUCAACCACAGCACUCACCCUUUCCUCUUUGCCACUGUUUGAGCUGGAACAAACGUCUGACUACCAGUCCUCUGUCUUCAGCAAGGAUCUGUCCUUUCCCAGCCAAGUCAACAGCAACAGCGGCUGUGUCACACACUCCCCGACCAAUCCCCACUUGUCUCAGGGAGGACUCCAUCUCAUCCUGGCGACACCAAAUGAUCUUGACAUCAAUACCUCCAGCACUACACCUCCCUCUGGCCCUACUUCCUCAUCUUUCAGUCCAUCACCAUUGCCACACCAUUAUCAUCUUCACCAAAACAAUUGUCAUCCUCAACACCAAACCCAGGAUCAGUCCACAACACCUGAAAGUGGCAAUGAUGAAACUGUAGGGAGUUUUCCGCCCAUCGUGACGCCAAACAGUACCUGUAGUGGUAGGAGUGGAGGAGCAGCAGAUGGGGAAUUUAGUCUUCUUGCCAAGCUUCCACCACCACCUCCUCCCAACAGGAAUGUAGGUCUUGGCAACUUUAUGCGAGCAUCCUCCAAUGAAAAUUCUCAAAUCGAAGCCUUCUGUGGAAGACUAGGAUUGCAAAUAAAGGACAGUAAUGUUGAGCAGGGAGUUGGCCCGGGUGUGGGUCUGGGGACAAUGGGAGAGCACCCACGGGGUUGUUCCAACAACAAGGGUAGACUAAACACCAAGGAGGAGGGCUCUUGGAGAAGGCACAUGAGCCUUGAGCUGGAGACUGUUGCCCCAGCAAGUCUAAGCUGCUGCUCAGAUCCAAGUCAGGUGGAUCAUAGUUUGGAAAAGUCUAUGUCAGUCCAAGACUUGAUGCAGACAGUCCAGGGCAAAAUGCAAGACACCCACUGCAACAUAUCAUCCCCGGGCUCUUCCAGUGGCUUCCAGAGAAGUUGCCAAGACCUAGCUCGAAGGACAACUGACAAUAGUGGUUGGGUGGAAGAAGACCUUUUUAUCAAUGACAGGGAAGUGGAGAUGCAGGGAUUUGAUUUCCUGCCACAUGGAACAGUUGAAGCUCCCUCAUACUCCUCAGAGCUCUUGAAAAUAGAGGUCAUGGCAAGAGGGGGUAAACAGGGGUCCAACCAGAGUCUGUCCACUGGUCACUUGUCCUCGCCUUCUGCUGGUGGCACUGAAUUACUGAAAAUGCAACGUGUUAGAUUAAAAUAGACUGCGGUGCAUGUUCGGAGGGCAUGCAAAUCUUAAAGAACAUAUUUUUUUCCCCUAUUUUGACAGUGUCAAGGUGGGACAAAACUAAGUUCCUUUUUCUUAUUUUGUUUUAAAUCACAGUUCUUUCAUUCCGGUCAUUAAUCUGACAAAAUGUGAAUUACUGUUUCAUUGCAUAAAUUGAAAAGUUUUCGCAUUAAAUUUGAAUGGAAAGACAACACCUUGAUUAUAUGCAUCCCAGCAGAAUGAAUCUUGUUUAGGGAAUUGAAAAGAUAAAGAAUUUAAUUUUUCUGAUGUGUUAUAUUGGUUCAAAAUAUAUAAAAGCUAGUAUUUCCAGGAAGUGGCCACCCUUCAGGCUGGUUUAUACCUGACGCAUCCAUGUAGUUUUAAGCCACGCGGAUUUUCCGUGCGGAGUUGCACGGCAUACGAGCUGCUUUUGGCAGAGGCAAGAGGUGGGAGUGGAGAGGUUCAGCAACUCCUGCGGAAAAAGUUGUUGGACAAACUGUUAAUUUCAGAAGUCCACAAGUACAAACACUUGUAUUAUUCGGCCGAUAAGGACCACCGGGAUAAGCAUGCCGUCAAACAACAGAGAAGCUUUUCCUCCUUGAUGAGAGCAGAGGUUUUCCCCCACAAUGUUGCAGAAAAACUUUACUCUUUCUCUGUCUCUGACGCUCUCUCUCUCUCUCUCUCUCUCUCUCUCUCUCUCUCUCUCUCUCCGUCGCUUAUUCUCUCCAUUUGCCGUAGACUCUUUUUGCUGCCCUCUGUAGUCUGGGAGAAUAUCAGUUUCACCAAGGUGGCAAGCUGCACAAAGCUGCGCGGAGCAGCACAGAGUAUACAUUGAGAAAGACCAGUGCCGGAUUAACUCCAUGCAUCUCGUUUCCGUGCGGAACUUUCAACGGGACAGGUAUAAAUCAGGCUUCAGGGCGGGCAGACAUUUUAACAAUGCUGGUACUAUAUUAGCUAAUCAAAUGCAAGUAUCCCAGACUGCCAAUUGUCAUGUGACGUCAGUACUACCCAUUGUCCCUGUGAUUGAGUCUAUCAGUGAUAAUGUGCAUGGGUAUAACUGACAUCAAAAUUGACUGCGAUAAGUAAUGUACUUUUUUUGUUAAAAAACAAAUUUUCACCAACUUCAUAAGUCUAAGAAUUUGCAUUCUUAAAUACCUUGAGCAACCGUCCUUCGCAUAAUGGUCAGUAUACUAGGUGUUGUCUUUCAAUUUACAGGCCUCUUUAUACACCCGCGUCAAAGUGUGCAUCAACGUCCGUAUGAUGUCACUGCAGCGAUCCUAUGCGCUGUCUGCCUUCACACUGUAGCGUACUCAACGCGUUUUGAAAAUGCUGCCGUGUCUCUCCAAGUUGGUGAUGUCAUUGUGGCCGGUAUAGGCUCGGGCACCGCAGGGUGGCAUUUCCUAUGCACUUUAUUGCAGUUUCCAGUUGCUCUUUUACUGUAAAAACGCAGUGGAAAUCUCCUGCCAGGAGUUCGGUGGGAUUAGUGAUGGCCAGAAGUGGAUAGUAACACGUUACUGUUACUUGAGUAACUUUUUGAGAAAACCAUACUUCUAAGAGUAGUUUUACUAAUGCCAAAUGUUUUGGUUGAGUAUAUUUGUGACGAAGAAACGCUACUCUUUAGUCCGCUACUUUUGGCUAUACUAGUCGUUACAUUUUUCCUCUUUAUUGUACAUAUUAGAUUUGACUUUUUUUGCCAGAGAUGCCAACAGUGGUUCUACCAGUUUCACCAAUGAGAUGUCGCAACAAUAAUCACAUGACUCCAUUAUACCAAUUAGGCUCAAGCUUGCCAUUCUAUGAGCACGCAGGCCUGUUCAAUCACGUGGCGUCCUUAAAGCACUCUAAAAAAUUAAGCAUUUGAUAUAGAGUGCUGCAGUCAACAUGACUCAAAAGCGCAGAUUUUAAUCUCUCUCCCAGAUUUUAUUUGGCACUGACUGACCACGGAAAACCUGAGAUAUGAUCCUUUUAGUUUCAUAAUAGCAAAUAUGGUUUCUCCACCCGCUCUUUGGACGAAUAAUGCUUCAUUUCUGUAGAUUUUAUUCUGUACCCGUAACAAUUUUGGGGGGAUUUUUUUUGGUUUAAUGUGGUUAUGUAAUAGGUCAAAGUACAGUAUAAUAAUAGCUGAGAAAAUGAAAUACCAUUGUUUGAAAAAACAACAUAGUAAGCAGAUGCAAUAUUACUUGAGUAUUAUUUUCACCAAAUACUCUUGUAUGUACUUGAGUACAAUUUUGGAGGACUGCUUUUACUUGAGUAUCAUUAUUUUUUAAUUAACACUACUCUAAGUUGAGUAAAAAUUUUGGCUACUCUACCCACCUCUGGUGCUGGCAUCAUUGAGAUGCACAGACAGUGGUACCGCUACAACAUUAAUUGGUUCUGGAAGUAGUCUCGUAACCCGAAAAUGUCGUAAACAGAGACGCGUUUUCCAUGUAAAUUCCUUAAUCCAUUCCACGCACCACUGACACACCAUUUUAUAAUUGAUGUAUAACCGGAAUAAAACCACAGCCAAACACAUUUGAAUCAUUACAUAACCUAACCGUUAAUAUCUGUAAUGAAGUACAACCCCUAACAAAAAGUAUGGAAUCGACAAUCUCGGACAAGCACUAAAUCAGACAUUUUAUUAUGUAGAACAAACUCUGAUAAAAAGCUUGAAAAAAUAAGAAAUUAGUUCAAAAGUUCAGAAACACUAAAACAAAUGAAUAUAAAACAUUGUGGUGGUCAGUAAAUGUUACUUUUAUAGAGCAAGUGCAGGUAAAUAAGUAUAGAAUCAUUCCAUUCUGAGAAAAAAUAUAUGGAAUCAUUAGAAACAAAGAAAUAACAAUCAAAACACAUCUCUAGUAUUUAGUUGCACCACCUCUGGCUUUUAUGACAGUUUGCAGUCUCUGAGACAUGGACUUGGUGAGUGACAAACAGUAUUCUUCAUCAAUUUGGUGCCAACUCUCUUUGAUUGCAGUUGCAAGAUCAUCCUUGCAGGUCACAGCCUUCCUGUGGACCUUUUUUUUUUUCUUCCAAUUUCCACCACAGGUUUUCAAUAUGGUUGAGAUCUGGGCUAAUUUGCAGGCCGUGACAUUGACUGGAUGAGUCUUUCGCCAAGGAAUACUUUACAGUUACAGUUUUAGCUCUGUGGCAUGAUGCAUUGUCAUCUUAGAAAUGAUUUCAUUAUCCCCAAACAUAUUUUCAAUUGAAGGGAUAAGAAAGCUGUCUAAUAUUUCAAUGUAAACUUGUGCAUUAUAUUGAAGAUUUAACCACAGCCAUUUCUCCAGUGCAUUUGCCUGACAGGCAGCCCCAUAUCAUCAAGGACUGAGGGAAUUUUGAUGUUUUCUUCAGGCAGUCAUCUUUGUAAAUCUCACUGGAACGGCACCAAACAAAAGGUCCAGCAUCAUCACCUUGUCCAAUGCAGAUUCUUGACUCAUCACUGAAAAUAACCUUUAUCUAGUCAUUCACAGUCCAUGAUUGCCUCUCCUUAGCCCAUUGCAUUCUUGUUCUUUUCUGUUUAGGUGUCAAUGAUGGUUUCCUCUUAGCUUUCCUGUAUGAAAAUCCCAUUUCCUUUAGGUGAUUGCACAGUUCUGUCACAUACCUUGACUACAGCUUCCUCCCAUUUGUUCUUCGUUUGUCUUGUUGUACAUCUUCUGUUUUCAAGACAUAUGGCUUUUAGUUGUUUGUCAUGACGUUUGGAUGUCUUCCUCGGUCUACCAGUAUGCUUAACUUUAACAACCUUGCCAUGCUGUUUGUACACGGUCCAGAUUUUUGAUACAGCUGACUAUGAACAGCCCACAUCUUUGGCAACCAUACGUGUAGCGCUACCUUCUUCAUGAAGUUUGAUAAUCCUCUCCUUCGUCUCAAGAGACACCUCUCUUGUUGGAGCCAUGAUUCUUGUGAAUCCACUUGGUCCAGCAGCCCUCCAAGGUGUGAUAACUGCACUGUUUUUAACUGCUGACUAACGAGCAGAUCUAAUCCAAGGCAGGGACUGAAUUAAGGAAAGAAAAUUUACUGGGUUUGUCUUUAUUUUCAACUCAAAAUGGAGUGAUUCCAUAUUUAUUUCCCUGCACUUGCUCUAUAAAAGUAACAUUUACUUACUACCACAAUGUUUUUUAUUCAUUUCUUUUAGUGUUUUUGAAUGCCAAGUAGUUGCACUUUUGAACUAUUCAUUCAUUUAUUUUCCAUGCUGCUGUUCCUCACAAGGGUCGCGGAGGCGCUGGAGCCUAUCCCAGCUAACUACGGGCAGUAGGCAGGGGAAAUCCUGAACUGGUUGCCAGACAAUUUAGAGUGCUCAAUCAGCAUACCAUGCAUGUUUUUUGGCUGUGGGAGGAAACCGGAGUUCCCGGAGGAGACCCACGCAGUCACGCGCGGAGAGAACAUGCAAACUCCACACAGGAAGGCCAAAGCCCGGAAUUGAACCCUUGAUCUCAGAACUGUGAGGCAGACGUGCUAACCACUCAGCCACCGUGCCGCCACUUUUGAACUAAUUCAUUAUUAUUUUUUUUUUUAUCUGAGUUUGUUCUACAUAAUAAAAUGUCUGAGUGAGUGCUCGUCCGAAACUGGUGAUUCCAUAC